AUGGAUUGGAUUUAUAUCUCAGAAUGAAAUAAAUUCUGAAACAAUAAAAAUGUAUAAAGAAUUGGCAUCCUGGUGCGGCACCACAUUGGAAGCUGCGAUAAUUAAGGCAGGCAAACCGUAAGAGGUGCUAGUGUUUAUUGUCCCCAUCUCCAUGUGACUCCUCUGCUCAAUUUCCUCAUAAAAGCACAAUCUAGAUCCAACAAUACAUUAGUUCCUACAGCCUCUUCCACUGAAAGGAAAAGAAGUUCAUGGCACAUUCAGCUCUUUUUGUUCUUUCCAUAGCAGUAACGUGUCUAGUUACUGAAACUCAUCAAUUGGUUGAUCAGAGAAGCUUCCAGCUGAUGGAGGAGAAUCUCGAAUGGCCAUCAACGAUGAGUUUGUACGAUGAGUUUGGGGACAGUGAAGACGAAGAUGGUGGUGGGUCGUUGGAUAGGAGGUCUCUAUAUGGAAGAGGAAAGCCCAUGCACUAUUACAUAUCGUAUGGCGCUUUAUCUGCAAAUAGGGUGCCUUGCCCACCUCGCUCAGGAAGGUCUUACUAUACUCAUGAUUGUUUCGGUUCAAGAACGCAGGUUAAUCCUUACACUAGAGGCUGCUCUUGUAUUACCCAUUGCAGGAGAUAGAGAAUGUUUCUAAGCUAGCUACAUUUUGAGUUUUGUUGGCAUUUUGAGUUUCUUGUUGCUUGUUACUACUGUUUCGACCUUUGGGUCGUUUCUGUUGUAGUUCGUCGACUUAUCAGAAAUCUCAAUAGUUGAGUGGGAGUGAUUAGACCAGUGCGGUAGUUGAGGCUUUUGUUUUGUUAGGUUCUGAAAUCAAGGCGUGAAAUGUGACAGUUGCUGUUUAAUUAGUGGUAUUUGUGCUGCUGCCAUUUCCACUUAAACUAAUUCCAAUACCAAAUGAAUAAAAUCCUAACUGCCACUACAUUUAAAAUAGGCUAA